AUGAAGCGUGACUGCAGCGACGAGUCCAUCGUGCUCCCCGAUCUGACGCCAGAGUUCUUUCGCGUAUACGUCGACCGACUCGAAGGUUCCAGCUUUGAUCUCGCCCAAGCGGUCAAUUUCGAAACAGAAGCUAUGGAGCCUUCAAAUGUGGACAGCCAAGUCUUUGAGCGGCUCCAUCGCCUUUGCACAUGGUGGCGAGAGGCCGAAUUUCUGGAGGACUCCGAACUUAAGAAUGCUAUCAUGGAUAUCUUGGUCGGACAAGAUAUCGAUAAUCGCUCGGAUGUGCUUUCAAAACUUGCUCCUUUGAUCGCCGGAGAGGAGAUGGAGGAGUCUGGACUGCGGCUUUGGUGGGUCGAGUACAUGGUUACUACCUUGAACGAGGACAACAUUGAGGCAUUGUGUCGUGAGCUGCCGAAGGACAUUUUGGUGGAUCUCCUGAAGGCCCAAGUCAAGCUGAGCAAGGAAGGGAAGGUUGAGAACUUUCGUGAUCGUGUUCGAGGAGGAGAGCGGUACUAUGAGCAGGACCAGGGCGAGAUCUUAAGCGAUUGUCGGGGAAUAGCCGAACCUCACAUCUCUCUUCUACAUCCUUUCUUCGCCAUUGUCAAUGCGUGGCACACCAAGACUCCCUCGGAAUUCGCACACAAGCGACAGCAUACCAUCAUGAGCAGCGAAGGCACAGUAGCGAAGCGCAAAGAGAAGCGCAAAGAGAAGCGCAAAGCCGACGCGCCAACUUCGCCAAAGAAGCGGCCAAGAAUGAGCUUCGCCGAAACACUCGAAAUAAUCGUCACUGAUGACGACAACGAGCCGCUGAGAACAUUCGUUGUGCACACGGACCUUGUCGAAGACAUUGGCGGCGUCGGGGGUCUAUUCAAAUAUGAUGGCCCUGUGUGGUUAAUGCUCAACCCAGAUGCCGUUGAGGUCUAUCUCAAUUGGGUCUAUGACAAGAGCAUAGACAUCGUCCAGUACGCUUUCGUCCAGCCAAGUGUCGUCGAUCUGGGACGCCACUUCGACGAGCUCCCCGAGCAAAGGGAGAGCGCCCGGCUCUGGGUUGGCCGAAUUGCCGGGCUUUUCGAUCUCUGGCAUGUGGGUAUGGAACUCGACGACUACGAUUUUGGGGACAAGAUAAUUGGCAUGUUUCUCCACUCCUCAGAGCCUCUCACACUCGUCUUCGGCACCAACAGUCUCGAAAAGAAGUACAUUCCAGUCCAUCCAGACCUCGUCUGCGCACAUUCCCAACUCUUUCGUGUCCUUCACGACAAAGCCGAUGUGAACGGUCGAAUCGAGGGACUUCCCAUCUCAGCUUACGCAAAAACGAUCAUGUAUCUCGACUAUCUGACGCAUCCAGGUCGCAACCUUGAGAGACAUGUGAAGAGGCAAGUGAGGGAGGAGAUGGAUAUCUCGGAUCCAGAGGAUACGGGAGAGAAGCAGUUCUGCGAGGUCGUGAGAAGACUGAGUGAGAUGUGGUUGCUAGGGAGGGGCUUCGAAGAUGCAGAGUUGCAAAACUCUGCGAUGAGUGGAUUGCUGAAGCAGGAUGUGGGGAGAUAUCCGGUGGAGAUGCACAUGCUUGCGAGGGAGAUUGUGGACUGUGAGGAGCUUAGGUGGACGGAGCUUCAUGGGUGGUUCGUCCAUGCUAUCGGAGCGACUGUUGAGGAGAGAGACUUGAGGGUUGCUGGUGGACCAGUCAGUAGAUGGUCGAGAGAGCUACUGAUGGAUGUCCUUUCGGAGAUGGUUGAGUACCAGGCGAAAAGUCAACGAAGGGCUCCGGGAAUGAGCGAUCGGAGUGCGUACAUGGUGGGUCAGAGAGUGUCUGAGGAGAGUGAGCAGGAACGAGAGGACAGUGCGCUGGAGGAGUAA